GCCUCCUCCCCGGGGCGCGGUGAGCUGAUCCCCGCGGCCGGCGGUCCGGGCGCGCGGCGGCGGCACCAUGGGCACCGUGCUGUCCCUGUCCCCCAGCUACCGCAAGGCCACGCUGUUCGAGGAUGGCGCGGCCACGGUGGGCCACUACACGGCCGUGCAGAACAGCAAGAACGCCAAGGACAAGAGCCUGAAGCGGCACUCCCUCAUCUCCGUGCUGCCCUGGAAGAGGAUCGUGGCCGUGUCGGCCAAGAAGAAGAACUCCAAGAAGGUGCAGCCCAACGGCAACUACCAGAACAACAUCACGCACCUCAACAAUGAGAACCUGAAGAAGUCGCUGUCGUGUGCCAACCUGUCCACCUUCGCGCAGCCCCCGCCGGCCCAGCCGCCCGCGCCCCCCGCCAGCCAGCUCUCGGGCUCGCAGACCGGGCUCUCCUCCUCCUCCUCGGUCAAGAAGGCCCCGCACCCCCCCGCCGUCACCUCCGCGGGGACCCCCAAGCGGGUCAUCGUCCAGGCGUCCACCAGCGAGCUGCUGCGCUGCCUGGGCGAGUUCCUGUGCCGCCGGUGCUACCGCCUCAAGCACCUGUCCCCCACGGACCCCGUGCUCUGGCUGCGCAGCGUGGACCGCUCGCUGCUCCUGCAGGGCUGGCAGGACCAGGGCUUCAUCACGCCGGCCAACGUGGUCUUCCUCUACAUGCUCUGCAGGGACGUCAUCUCCUCCGAGGUGGGCUCGGACCACGAGCUCCAGGCCGUGCUGCUCACCUGCCUGUACCUCUCCUACUCCUACAUGGGCAACGAGAUCUCCUACCCGCUCAAGCCCUUCCUGGUGGAGAGCUGCAAGGAGGCCUUCUGGGACCGCUGCCUCUCCGUCAUCAACCUCAUGAGCGCCAAGAUGCUGCAGAUCAACGCCGACCCGCACUACUUCACGCAGGUGUUCUCCGACCUGAAGAACGAGAGCGGCCAGGAGGACAAGAAGCGGCUGCUCCUCGGCCUGGACCGGUGAGCCUCGGGGCGUGACCGCGCCGCGCCUCCAGGGUUCAAUCCCGUUUUUAAAAGAUUUAUUAUUAAACACGUCAGAUUUCAUGUACAGUGUGUGUCUAGCAAAGCCACCGAGGGCCGGUCCCGGCCCACCGUCGUCAGCCCCGCCGGGAACUCUGGGCGCCUUGGAGCUCCUGCUGGACCCUGUGCAAAGCCCGGAAGAAGAUGUAUUCAGAGCCACCCGGGUCCCCGGCCUCCGACUUUGGGGGGAUUCCAAGGACUGACUCGCCUCUGUCGCCUGCGCCCUUGCGGGACCUGGGCAGGCGAGGCUGGCGGGAGCUGGCGAGCGGCCUCUGGCCCGCCGACCCAGGGAGCAUGUGGCGCCUCUAAGUUGGGGGGGCCCUUUUCUCGCUCCUGUUUUGGGUGGUCCGUCCUCCCAGAGGCCCCUGGGGCAGCCAUCCUGAUGGAACCGCACGUGGGGUUGCGAGGCAAGCUGUGCCUCUUCCGUCUCGGAGAAGCCAGCCCGGUGCAAAGGUUGUGUCCCGUGGUUUGGGCCGUGCACAACCCUCGUUCGCUCUUUUUCUUUUUUAGGGAGAAGGGCUUUCUUUGCUUUCGUGGAGACACGGAGCUUGCUCCUCAGCCCCCACCCCCCCUUGUCCCCUGCUCCCGGCCAUGCAGGCAGCACUGGUUCACGGGCCGGUUUGACUCAUGAGAUUCUGUGAUUUUGGGCCCAGACCACCCGCCCGCCUCUGGGCAGGUGGGGUGCCAGGCCGAGACCAAGCCAGAGCCCCCCUGAGGGCUGAGGCCUCUGCUUGCCGGUGCACAGGCCGUUCUGCAGAGCUGGGGCGUGGGGGCUGGUCACGGUGUGCUCCCACCCCCCGCUCCCACCCCUUUUCCUUUGAGGCUGUUCCCAGGCAGUUGGGUUUCUCCUGAAGACGGAGCCGCGCCCCGCAGGGCCCGGGGAGACAGCUGGAUCUCAGAGACAAUGACAGGCCGGGGUAGCACUCCCGGUCGCUUUGUGCGCCUGUGGACUCUACAGCCGAUGGCUCGCAGCUGCUGCUGGCUUUGGCUCCCACGUGCGUGGCUGUAAAACACACAGGCUAUGUACUUAAUCCAUUUUCUUUCCAAUUCUCCCAGAUUGGUGGCUUGGGACGGGAGAGGACCAAGAGAAGGGACCGAGUCUUCCUCCAUGGCCCGUCACCCUGGCUUUGGGGAACAAAGAGCAGUGUGGAGGCCCCAGAGAAUUCGCUCCUCCCAGCGCCUCAGGGAGCGCUGGAAUGGGGGAGAGGUUUGUGGGGGGGGGAGGGGCGAGGCUCGUGUCCCAUAGGACUAGGUCCCAGGUGGCUGCCAUCUCAGCACAAGCACUACUGAAAAUCCCGUUAAAGAGAGCAAGCUGUGAAAUUGAGGUCCGGCCUUAAGAGCCCGCGGCCCCGGCCAGCCCUCCGAGGGCCCGCCCUGCGGAGAGCAUUGGCCCCAGCUGCGCCCGAGGCCCACGCCCGGCCCAGCCGGCCCUCCGGGGCCUCGGGAGGAGCUGAUGCUGCGGCCGUGGGCACAGACCUCCGUCAACGCUUCUUUCUUCUCGGCCGGAGGUGUCGCCGGCCUUUCUGCGCAGACCCCGCUGCCACGUGUGAGCUGAGGUAGGCGGCCCGGCGGGCGGCGGGCCAGGGGCACGGAAGAGGGUGGUUCGAUGCGGCGUCUCCAGAAGGAGGGGCCCGUGUUUGCGGUCGCUCUUCGGGCCGGCCGCUGGCCGAACCCGGCCUGAGACUGUGCUGUCACACCCACAGGAUCCCCGUUUUGCGCGUUUCCUUCUCUCUCUCCGUAUUUAUUUAUUUUGACGUUCUGGAGGAGGCGCGGAGCUCAGGAGCGGCUGGGGACUAAGGACAUGACUCUGGCUCCUUCCGUGCGAACGCCUGGCGCCCUCCUCCCCCCCGCACUGGCCAUCAGUAUUGUGUAAAGGAACCGGUACACGCGAGUGUGCAAGCAGUGAGCCCGUUUGACAUGCUGACAUGCUGCUAUGAAGACUACUUUUAGAACAACAUAAAAACAAAAACAAAAACAAAAAAAACAGAAAAAAAACUAACGGACAAAAAAAACAACCACCACCACCCCUUUAUUCUUUCAUUGUUGCUUUUCCAGUGAUAUUGUGCAUGCCGACCAGGAGCAUUUUUGUGUCUUAAGAAAAAUAAUCUUAGAACAGAUGGCUGUGAAAUUUACACCCGUGCACAGAACAAGUCACAGGGAUAACGGUUCAGGAUUUGUUUUUUUUCUCUUUCUCUUGUAAAGCUCUGAAGGGUUGAUAUAUUCUUUCCAUGCAGUUAUUAGGAGUUAGUUGCGUUCCAACAGUUGUUACACUUGCAAUGAAAAGAAAAACGUGCCAUUUUUUUUUUCCCCACUCGGAAUCUUUUCAUAGCUGUAUAUUUGAAACUGCUAACUACGCGACGUGCGAUGUAUGUUGGUUUUUUUUUUUUAGUGCAAUUUUCUUCUGUAGCUAUCCUUUGACCAAACUGUGGGUAUUGUUGAUAUUAAUUUAUAUUUGUCUCAUUUUGUAUGUAUGUGUAGUGUGUUUGUAAGUAUGUGUGGUUUAUAACCUGACAAGGUCAUGAAGCUCAGUUUGGCUGUAAUUUAAUUCCCCUCCCCUUAUUUUUAUUUAUUUUUGUACCGUGCUGAUGAAAUAAAAUGCACUGACCAUCCAUUA